AUGGCAGGCGAGGCCGUCACGGCCAUGAUCGUGGUUGCCGACGCCGGCGACAACCCGCUGGCGGACCGCCGCGAGGACCGGGAGGCGGCGGCGGCGCGGGAGAAGAAGGCGAAGGUGGCGAAGCUCAACUCGCAGACGGCGAACGCGAUGGAGGCGCGCACGACACCCGACGCGGCCGCCAAGCAGCUUGCCAAGGUCGCGCUGGGCUCAGCCUCGAGCAAGGCUGCCGCCUCGAGCAAGGCUUCCGCGCCGCCUGCUGCAGCUCCCUCACGCGCGCCUGCAGCUUCGGCCUCGCGGCCGAUCGAGCAGUAUCCGACGGGCGUCGUCGGGGUGAGCUCCGAGUUCUCGAGCAGCGACAACUCCGCGCGGCAGCUGCUCGGCCGCCCGGCCGUGUAUCCCAAGGCUGGCUCCAGCGUCCGAGCGUGGUCGCCCGUCCCUCGCGAGGGGGAGGACCGCGAGUGGGUGCGGCUGCUCUUCCGCACCGCCGUGGAGCCCUCCUCGGUCACCGUGUACCAGUCCUUCAACCCGGGCUCCCUCGUCGAGGUUCGCGCGGCGACCGAGGUCGGCGGUGAGGGCGGCGAGGCGUCGGACUGGGCGACCAUCUGGCGGGGAGAGAGGUACAACACCGACCCACACCGGCAGCCGAGCGACGCGCUCGAGCUCAAGGUCUCUCCCGGCACGCUUCCCGUCCGCGCGAUUGAGCUGGUGCUCGACACGACAGGCUGGUCCGACGCCUUUUGGAGCGAGCCCCCGCCUCCGAGCGAGAUCGACUCCGUGCGGCUGGUUGGCACGCCCGCCUCGCUCUCUCCGCCGCCGCCCCACCCCUUCGUGACGCUCCAGCCGAGCGAGACGGAGUCAGCCUUUGCGGAGCGCGCUCGGAAGGUGGAGAGGAGCGCCGGGCUCAAGGGGCGUCCGAUCGCGGCGAGCGGCGCGGCGCUAGACGGCGAGAUGCGCAUGCGCGGGGCAAAGUGA